AUGGAAAGGAAGAUGGCUGUACGCUGCCGGCGGUGUCCCAAGCAUCACUUGGGAGUCGUCCGUGCUGAGGAGCUGGCGCUCUGUGUGCGAGGGGUGAAUUUGCAGCACCGAGCUCAGCAGUGCCGACUGCCUGGGAAGACCUGCAGUAAUGGCAGUAAUGCUUCCUACGUGGCGUGCGGCUGCCUUUGCUUUCCUCCCCUCUCCCGUUCCUCCCGCCGCUGCGGCAGGGCAGCUCACGUGCUGUCAACAGCUUCCUCUUGCAGCCAAGCCCGUAACGAAGCAAUUACCUGCGUUCACUGUUGUGCACUAACGAGAGGGGCUUGUUUCUGGCUGCUCCGAGUGGUGCCGGACUUCUCCAAACAGCGGCUGGGGGCACAGAAUGUUGCAGUGGUGGCAGCGUCUCUCCUGCGGCCAGGGACUCAGACGCCUAUUUGGGCAGUGACAGAGUGCGUUACAUAUUUGGGUAAGGUUUCCACAACAGGGAUGCAAUUUUUGUCAGGCUGCACAGAGAAACCAGUCAUUGAAUUAUGGAAGAAGCACACGCUCGCCAGGGAGGAUAUUUACCCAGCUAACGCCCUUCUGGAAAUUCGCCCUUUCCAAGUCUGGCUGCAUCAUCUGGACCUCAAAGGCGAGGCGACAGUCCACAUGGAUACAUUUCAGGUAGCACGUAUAGCCUACUGCACUGCUGACCACAAUGUCAGCCCAAACAUCUUUGCUUGGGUCUAUCGGGAGAUCAACGAUGACUUGUCCUACCAGAUGGACUGCCAUGCUGUAGAGUGUGAGAGCAAGCUGGAGGCCAAGAAGCUGGCCCAUGCCAUGAUGGAGGCCUUUAAGAAGACUUUUCACAGCAUGAAAAGUGAUGGCCGGAUCCACAGGAACAGCUCGUCAGAGGAAGUGUCUCAUGAAUUUGAAUCUGAUGAUGGCUGACUGCACUCCUUCACGGUUCAUUCAGCAAAGGCAGAAAUGGCCUAGGGAGUGAGAGCUGAUAGAUGAAUAAGCAACAAUUGAAAUUGGGGAAUGAAAGGACUGCCAAACACUUCAAGUCUGACCAGCUUUUUACAUCAAAAGAGGAAUUCUAUACCUACAGAUAUGCAUCAUUAAAGUAAUUACAUUACAUUGAAAUCUGCUGCUGUUGUAAAAGUGAGAAAAAAAACUCCCUCCCCCUUCUCUCUUACCCACCCAUCACUGUCCCUUUCUCGUGUCUGUAGUUCAGGUGCAUACCAUGAAAUAGAGUCAUUCCUGUUUUUCUUUUAAGACUGGUCAGGCAGUUUUAUUAGUUGCUCCUCUGACAUUCCUAGCUGGGGGCUGAUGCACAAGAGCAAGUAGACCUGGAAAG